AUGUCGUAUUGGCCAUCUGAAUUUGGAGAGUUUGGCACUGUAAAUGCCACACCGGCUGCAGGCAAUGGCACCCCAGAGAAACCAAAUGGCAAGGCAGCAAAAGAGGCGUUCAAUCGCCGUGUUCAGGAAUUGAAGGAGAAGUUCGAGCAGGAUGUGAAUGCGAUAGCGAACGAGUUUUCAGGACGAGGUGUGCACCGCUCAGCUAAACAGGUUCGAGAUCAGAUCCUCUUUACAAUGGGAGAGAAUAAGAAGACUAGGAGCCCACAUGUUAGCAACGCAUGGGCUCAUGCCAUUGCAGAAGCAGGUCACCUGGACACGGAAUCGCUCUCGAAAAUGUCAUAUGACACUGCUUACCUGAGUUUAUUGGACGAUAUCAAAACGGGCAUUGUUACUCAGGAAGAUGUAAGCAACCCCCAGACACCUGAGGAUGAAUGCCACCGGAGGGUACUGCUGGAUGGAGUCCUCACUAGUCGCAAACAUCGUGGUACCAAGAAGCACGUAGCAUCACCCGAGCUCAGUGCCCACCGGUUGGCAUACCAUGCACAGAACCAGAUUGAAGAAAUUGCGGACCAGGCCACCUGCAUCAACGAGACGUGCGGUAUUGAGUCCCUCAUUGUCUUGACAAAAAGCCGUGUUGGGGACGUCUUCACCCCAUAUGUGUGGGCAACCGAGCGUGCCAAAGAGUUCUGGGCAGUUACUCUGAAGCAGGACAUGAUGGUUCGCGCGCAAGAGAUGGAAGGGUUUGCAAUAUCAGGUGUCACAGGUGUGGUGAAAGUCGCCAAGGACAAUACAGCGCGCUUGCGGUCUAAACUUACUGCCCUGAUUAGAGAUGGUCUUCGUGAGGCAACGGGGGACCCAAAUGUUGUAAUGAAAUGGGAACGAGAAGGCUAUCUUGGCUUAAUUAGAAGACAUAAGCUCAUGAUUGACGAGUCUGCUCACCCGCCCGACAAAAUUGUGAACCCAAAGUGGCUACGAAAGGAAGACGCGAUCAGACUGGUUGAAGGUUGGGAAAAUGGGUCCAUCAAGUGGAUUGUGGCGCCAGAUGAUGACAUCCAGCACGCUGUGGAUGAAUUAUGUCAGAUUUCAAGGGAUAAAGCUGAGCGGUAUCUCCAUAAUCAAGCAAACCAGAACGAUGCCGAUACUGCUUCUCCAUCAGACAUCGCGAACCACGGUCAACACUCAGCGGCCGUUAGCCCCUCUACCGCCGCUUCAAGCUCAGGAAGGGCACCUGGCGCUAAGAGAGGCCGUAAGCGCAAAACUCCACACCUUGAGCAUUCUCCCUCGGCUAGUGAUCAAGCAGAUCCUUCUACGUAA